AAGUAAUCGAUUUUACUUCAGAAGCAUGGAGAAAUGUAACCCCUCAGACAAUCGUCAAUUGUUGGCGAAAAACUGAAAUAAUACUAUUGGUAGAGUGGAAUUGGCCAAAUUCAAAUAUUCAACAUAAUAAAGAGAAUAUAGAACUAAAAACUGAUAUCGAACAACUUAUUUCCAGCAUUUCUGUUGAUAAUAUUCAGAUAACAGCUGAUGACUAUAUCCAUAUUGAUGAUACUGUUGAAACGGAAGAGGUUACUAUAGACGAAAAAGCCAUUCUAGAAGAGAUUCUUCAACCAUCCAAUCCUAACAGUGACGAAGACAGUGAAAUUGAAAUUGAAAAAAUUCCUCAUUCCAUUGCUUUUGAGCAGU